AUGAUUGUCAAGGCCUGGUCGGAGAAUUUUGAUUUCAGCAAGGAGAUCCUGCAAACCAUUCCAGUGUGGGUGAAAUUUCCAAAUCUCCCUUUGAAUUGCUGGGGAGCUAGAUCUCUAAGCAGAAUUAGCAGUAGAUUAGGGAUCCCAUUGUACGUUGAUGAUUGCACUACUCAGCUGGAUCGAAUUACCUAUGCGCGAGUUUUGAUUGAGAUGGAUAUAACAAAAGAACUCCCAAAAUUCAUCAAAGUAACAGAUCCAAGUGGAAGAGAAUUUAGCCAAAGAGUAGCCUACGAUUGGGUGGUAGAAUUUUGCCAGAGUUGUAGGCAAAUUGGGCAUAGCUGUGGGAAAGAUGAACAACAGAUGCAAAAUAAUAAGGUAAAACAGCAGAAGCAGAGGCAAGAUUGGUUACCAAAAGAAAGAAGCAAUGACAAGGUAGAUCAACAGAUAUCAGUACCUGUCAAGAGCAACCAAAUGGUAAUGACUAAAGAGAUAACCAGUAAAACUGAUGACUCAAAUGCAAGGAUUGAUUGUGGAGAGGGGGAGCAGAGCUGGACAAAAGCAAUAGGGAAGUCUAUAGCUAGAAGCAAGGAGAAAAUGGGGGAGGAUGCAAUUAAAUACCAUUAA